UGUGAAAUUGCUCAGCUGUGGUGUUGUUCAUGAAUGUACUUGUAGUAGUUAACUAUAGUAGACUUAUUCCCUUAUAUAGCAUCAGUAUGCAGGACCAUUCUGAAUGACGACCGACCACAUUUAGUUACAGUUCUAUCACAUACGAUUGCGCAGCACCCCCUGCUGGUGUGGAGUGUCCCUGCUAUUCCCAACACACCACAGCACUGUCCAACACUAAAUGAGUCACCUGUGGUUGGCACUUCUCUUAAAUCCUCGGUUUAAGUACAUUUACACUGCUGUCUCUCCUGGUAGAGAUGGUUUACAGAUGGUCCACUGCCUCCACCCAUGUGGGAUGUUUCUGCUCCCGUCGGAUGCAACAUGAGCCCUUUGGCCACUGGGUGGUGCCUCCGUUCACACUGCGGCCAGUCACUGUACUGUAAGUAUGACUGAGGAACUUUAGACAGAUGACGAUGACCGUAAAACGUUCUUCAUAAUGCCGUUAGAUGAAGACUCAACGUUGGUCACAGGAUAAAGUCUUGACUAUGCUUUUUAAUAUAUAAGUAAAAUAUGAAUAAGCUGAACCUUUUUGUCCAUUUAAGCAACAUAGGACGCAGUAAUGUAUUGAUAUAACAAAUAAUACAUUCAAACCCAAAUUAUGAUCUUACCAGUUCUAAAGCUAAAUAUAAAGAAGUGAGUAAUAGAUUAAGAAAGGUUUGAGGUUUGGCCUUGCGUGCUCGCUGCCUUGCAGCCUACAAUGGGCCCCCAACACUGACAAUGGCCUCUGGCUGCGUUUCACUGAUUAAGCUCACCAAAGUCCAGCAACCAAGAGUUUGAGAGAAAUAGUCACCAGGAUACAUUACACCACGUCAGGUGGUGUGCCCACCGAGUCACUGGAGCACAAAGAUAACCGGCCCACAACCAGCAGCUGAGAAAGGCCUUUGGACGCUGCACCCACAUGGGAUAAGAUUGCAUGGUAGGUAUCAAGUCAUUGCGUGGUUCAUCCUAGACGACAUUGUUAAAGGUGUCAAUUUAAGGGCUUGGUUGCGCACUCAUGCAUAUUCAUUAGUCUCAGCUAAAUAUUAAUUCAAAUUCAUAUAAGAACUCAAAUUUGAGACGUUUUUCGGCAUCGGCUGAUCUCAAGAGACAAUUCAUCUCUGUUGAGAAAUUACCUGGUGUAAGGAAUUCUUGUAUAUUGUUUUUUUUUUUAUUUAAAGGUCAAUGAAAGAAAAUUUCAUUUCCGACCGGAAAAGUCAAACGUGGCACCAGUUUCUCGGUUUCCGAUGGGCACUUAAGGGCGUUUAAAGUUGCAUUCGAUGACAGCAGGCAUCAGAGAUAUGCUGCAGGGGCUGCCAGUAACUCUGCACGGUUGCUGACACGGUCACACGGUUUCCUGGAGGAACAAGGAUCUCCUCCACCCCUCGCAGCUGGAAUCAUGUAAUUAAGGGCAGAAUCCCUCAGCAGAGUGGUCAGGUUGGUAUCACACACCUCCAAGUGAUGGGGAAGGAAAAAGGAAGCAUCCUUUACACUUCUAGAGAAGUAAACUAAAGUUAAGCAUCAUGUUCUGUUUGCUGCAUAACCACUAAAUAUGUAUCUCUGAACGUAGAAUGUUAAAAAAUCCCUGAGUUGGUUUAAACAUGCAGAUGUUAUCCUGGUUUGCUAAUAAUAACAUCCCCCCCCCAUUAUCCUCUCUAAGCUAAAUCAAUUUAUUUUGUUGUGAAUAGAGAUACAGAUGUAAUCAGGAUGUCAAGUGCAACCCUGACCUAAGCGCCUUAAUAGUUAAUAGGCUAGAUUCAUCGGAUACCAGCAACUGUAGACUUUGACGUAUGGCUUGGAGAAGCCGAAAUGUGUAAUUGAUGAGAUGACGAUUUGUACCUCAGCAUUUCAUAGACGUUCCAUUGACAAUAAGCUGCUAAAGCAUGCCUCAACAAAGCAAAACAAUGCAAAAUAAACAGUCGCACUACUUCUUUGUGGGGAAAACAUGUCAUCCAAUAUUUUCUUUAAUUUAUCCUUAUUUAUUCAAGUAAAAAAAUCACUGUGCAAAAAUCAACCUCACUGGUGUGUCAAAAGGGCGGUUGUUAGACCUUAAGGCCGCAACCCGCAAGCAUUUAAAACACAAAGCUGCAAUAUUUGGUGAUUCCAAAACAAAAGACAGUUUUGAACAUCACCCCAUUUAAAGAUUAAAUAGGAGCGUUUAUCCAACUGUCCUGGCCUGACAUGUGAAAUUCCUUGACUGGUUUUAUGGCAAUAAAUUGAUUGCUUAUGCUGACAAAUGUUAAAGCUUUUGCGGUGAAGUACUCGUUUAAUAUACGAUGCGAUACUUAUUACAAUAACAAGAUCCACAUUGCCAAAACCUUGUAAACAUUUGAAAACAUUUCUGAAAAGAAUGUUUUAGAACAGUAUUUCCUUCUGGUUUGUGCAGAGCCCAUUGUGUGUGGAUUGUUAGACGUGCUCACAGUGACGUCUCUCAGCAGCCCCUAGUUAUAGUUACCAGUCUCAGGUUCAACACUCAUGCACUAUUCAUCGGUGUAUCACAUCGCUCCUGCACAACUCGGGACCGGGACAAACCCAAUUCUUUUCCGUACAACUUUACUUUGAAGCCGAAUUGCUAGUUGCUGUGUAAAUGUCUAAAUGUUUGGGUAGUGUUGCUUCCAUCUCAUAGAAAAAGAAAAGGAGGUUGCUGUUCCCCUUGCAAGAGAUACUCAAAGGAGGGAGACAAGAGCAUUGCUUUCUUGUAUGAGCACACGAAAGAAUUGAACGAUGAAGCGCAGUAAGCACCGUGGACACAAGGAGGACAGAAACGGAGAUGAGCCGGCUAUCCUGGAGACAGAAAACCUGUUCAUGGGAGGAGGCCCAGAUGCUGACACCGUGUCACUGGCCUCAGUCACCGCCGUGACCGACAACGUAUCCAACAAAAGAUCCAAGCCAGACAUAAAGAUGGAGCCCAGUUCUGGAAGACCAGUAGAUUACCAAAUCAGUGUGACAGUGGUUGAAGCCAGGCAGCUGAUUGGGCUGAAUAUGGAUCCAAUGGUCUGUGUGGAGAUUGGAGAAGAUAAAAAGUACACCUCAAUGAAAGAAUCGACCAACUGCCCCUACUACAACGAAUAUUUCGUGUUCGACUUCCACGUCCCUCCAGAUGUUAUGUUCGACAAAAUCCUGAAGUUGUCUGUAAUUCACUCCAAAAAUCUUCUGCGUAGUGGAACACUGGUUGGAACUUUUAAACUGGAUGUUGGCACAAUCUACUCCCAGCCUGAACAUCAGUUCUACCACAAGUGGGCUUUGUUGUCCGACCCCGAGGACAUCUCAGCGGGUUGCAAAGGCUACGUUAAGUGUGAUGUUGCAGUUGUGGCCAAAGGAGACACCAUAAAGACUCCGCACAAGGCCAAUGAAUCCGAGGAGGAUGACAUAGAGGGCAAUCUCCUGAUACCGGAGGGGGUGCCUGCGGAGCGACAAUGGGCCCGUUACUACCUGAAGAUUUACAGAGCUGAGGGCCUCCCCAGAAUGAACACCAGCAUCAUGGCCAACGUCAAAAAGGCCUUCAUUGGAGAGAAUAAGGACCUGGUUGAUCCUUAUGUCCAAGUGCAGUUUGCUGGGCAGAGAGGGAAAACGUCAGUUCAAAAGAGCUGCUAUGAGCCCAUCUGGAACGAGCAAAUUGUUUUCACCGAGAUGUUUCCGCCGCUCUGCAAGCGAAUGAAGAUCCAGCUGCGCGACUCGGACAAAGUGAACGAUGUCGCCAUAGGAACACACUUCUUAGACCUACGGACCAUUUCCAAUGAUGGCGACAAAGGCUUUCUCCCCACGCUGGGGCCCGCCUGGGUCAACAUGUACGGCUCCACGCGUACCUACACCCUGAUGGACGAGUACCAGGAGUUGAACGAGGGGCUCGGAGAGGGCGUGUCCUUCAGGGCCCGUCUGCUCAUCUGCCUGGGUGUGGAGAUCCUGGACCCCUCCUCGCCUGACAUUUCCAACUCCACCGAUGUGCAGUUGGAGGGAAUACCCAACAUCUCAGAGACUGCAACCGGGAAGGUUGAGGAGUUUUUCCUCUUUGGCUCUUUCCUGGAGGCCACAAUGAUUGACAGAAAGAUCGGCGAUAAGCCCAUCAACUUUGAAGUCACCAUAGGUUACUAUGGAAACGAGAUGGAUGGAGCUGCCAGGCCAAAAACGAAGGGUAAGAAGGGAGGAGGAGACGGUGGCGAAGAGGAAACCGAACUGAUCCACAACUCCAGUGAGGAGGAGACGGAUGAGGACGGGGACUUGACCUCGGUGGCAACUACUCCUCCCAUGAAGCCCGUCAUCACUGACCGAAACUACUUCCACCUACCGUAUUUUGAGAGGAAGCCGUGUGUCUACAUAAAAAGCUGGUGGCAAGACCAGAGACGGAGGCUGUUCAAUGCCAACAUCAUAGACAACGUCGCAGAUAAACUGGAGGAUGGACUGAAUGAUGUGCAGGAGAUCAUCAAGACAGAGAAGACGUAUCCCGAGCGCAGACUGAGAGGCGUCCUCGAGGAACUCAGCCACGGUUGCAGUCAGUUUCUCUCGCUGGCAAACCAGGAUCAGAAUCUGUCCGGCAGAACCAAACUUGACAGGGAGAGACUGAAGCUGUGCAUGUCAGAAGUGGAGAGCAUCGGCCAGCAAGCCAAAGCCAUGAGAACCCAGGUGAAGAAAAGCACAGUGAGAGAUAAAAUCAAGCUGGCUCAGAACUUCCUCACACGGCUGCGCUUCCUGGCUGACGAACCUCAACACAGCGUUCCUGACGUCUUCAUAUGGAUGAUAAGUAAUGGGAAACGCAUCGCCUAUGCACGUGUCCCCUCCAAAGACAUCCUUUAUUCCGCUAUACGGGAGGAGACGGGAAAGGACUGUGGCAAAGUUAAGACAAUCUUUCUGAGGAUCCCUGGAAAGAAAGGCUUCGGGCCUGCUGGCUGGACGGUCCAGUCCAAGAUAGAGAUCUAUCUGUGGCUGGGCCUGACUCGACAGCGCAAGGACUACCUGAGAGGUCUGCCCAACGGAUUUGAGGAAAACAAGUUGUCCAAAGGACCCGGCAUGCCGUGCUCACCUCCCAUCAGCCUCACCUACAUGAUGAAGCAGAUCUUCCAGCUGAGGGUCCACAUGUACCAAGCUCGCAGCCUGUUUGCCGCUGACAGCACAGGUCUGUCUGAUCCCUUUGCAAGAGUCUUCUUCUCGACUCAAAGCCAGGUCACGGAGAUUCUGGCUGAGACUCUGUGCCCGACGUGGGACCAGCUGCUGGUCUUUGAGAACGUGGAGUUGUUCGGAGAGGCCACGGAGCUGAGAGACGACCCUCCUAUUAUUGUCAUUGAAAUCUAUGAUCAAGACACAGUGGGUAAAGCUGAGUUCAUGGGCAGAACCUUUGCCAAGCCUGUGGUCAAGAUGGCGGACGAGCACUAUGGUCCGCCGCGCUUCCCUCCUCAACUGGAGUACUAUCAGAUCUACCGCGGGAACUGCACCGCCGGAGAAAUGCUGGCAGCCUUUGAACUGCUGCAGAUUGGCCCUAAUGGGAAAGCGGACCUGCCUCCCAUAGACGGCCCCACAGACGUGGACCGCGGCCCGAUCCUGCCGGUGCCACUGGGGAUCCGACCCGUGCUCAGCAAAUACAGAAUUGAGGUGCUGUUCUGGGGCUUAAGGGACCUGAAGAGGGUGAAUCUGGCUCAGGUGGAUCGGCCUCGUGUGGACAUUGAAUGUGCCGGAAAGGGAGUGCAGUCAGCCCUCAUCCCCAAUUACAAGAAAAACCCAAACUUCAGCACCCUUGUCAAGUGGUUUGAAGUGGAUUUGCCUGAGAACGAGUUGCUUCAUCCGCCGCUGAACAUCCGGGUGGUGGACUGCAGGGCCUUCGGCCGCUACACUUUGGUUGGUUCCAUCGCGGUCCCCAGCCUGCGCAAGUUCAUCUACAGGGCCACAGACAAGCAGGCCAAUAACUUUUCUACUACCGGGGAAAUAAUAGUGGUCGGCCUGGAGCCUGAGCCUGGUUUUAAGAAGAUGGACACUGUGGUCAAACUAGACUCGGGCUCUGAUGCCGUGGUCAAGGUUGAGGAUGAUGACAAGGAUGGAAAGGGGAAGAAGAAGAAGAGGAAGAAGGGGGAUGAGAUUGAAGAGGAGGAACUUGACGAGAGCAUGUUGGACUGGUGGUCCAAAUAUUUUGCCUCCAUUGAAACUUUGACAGAGGCUCUCAAGGCUCAAGAAGCUGCUCUCUCAGAUUCGGAGGACAGAGAUGACAUGGACAUUGCAGACGGCGGAGAGAUCAAACCCGAUGACUCUCCUGUGAAAGGCCCCAAGAGAGGAAAAGGAAAGAAGGACAAGAAGAAGCACACAAUUGAUCCGUUCGAGAAGAAAAAGCCCAAGCUGGAUGAGUUGAAGGUGUACUCAAAAGAACUAGAGAGCGAGUAUGACAACUUUGAAGACUGGCUCCACAGCUUUAACCUGUUCAGAGGAAAAGGUGGUGAUGAAGACGACCAAAACGUCACCGAUGAGGACAGAAUUGUUGGAAAAUUCAAAGGCUCCCUGUGCAUGUACAAAGUGUCGGAUGAAAUGCAGAGAGACGUGAGCUUCGAGUCCACCAUGGGAAUGUUUCAGAACAUUCCUCACAACGAUCCCAUUAAUGUCCUCGUCCGCAUCUACGUUAUCAGGGCAACUGAUCUGCAUCCAGCUGACAUUAAUGGAAAAGCUGAUCCAUACAUUGCAAUCAAACUGGGAAAGACAGAGAUCAAAGACAAAGAGAACUACAUCUCAAAACAACUGAACCCCUUGUUUGGCAAAUCGUUUGACGUGGAGGCCACGUUCCCGAUGGAUUCCACACUCACUGUGUCGAUAUAUGACUGGGACCUGGUGGGCACCGACGAUCUGAUCGGAGAAACGAAACUUGACCUGGAGAACCGUUACUACAGCAAACACAGAGCCACGUGUGGCAUCACAUGUAACUACGCCAUCCACGGCUACAACGUGUGGCGGGACCCGAUGAAGCCAACACAAAUCCUGGCUAAGCUUUGUAAGGAGGGCAAACUGGAUGGGCCUCACUACGGCCCUGGAGGAAGAGUGAAGGUGGAAAACCGCGUCUUCAUGGCGGCGACUGAGAUAGAGGACGAUAACGGUUUGAAGAGGCAGACGGAUGAACAUCUGGCUCUGACCGUCCUGAAGCACUGGGAGGAAAUCCCACGGGUCGGCUGCAAACUGGUCCCGGAGCAUGUGGAGACCAGACCCCUGCUCCACCCUGACAAACCGGGCAUUGAACAAGGGAGGAUUGAGAUGUGGGUGGAUAUGUUUCCUAAGGACAUGACUGCCCCCGGCCCCCCUCUGGAUAUCUCACCAAGGAAACCAAAGAAGUUUGAACUGCGAGUGAUCAUCUGGAACACAGAUGAGGUCGUUCUGGAGGACGAUGACAUCUUCACCGGCGAGAAGUCAAGUGACAUAUUUGUCCGAGGCUGGUUGAAGGGGCAGCAGGAGGACAAGCAGGACACCGACGUCCACUACCACUCCAUCACCGGGGAGGGCAACUUCAACUGGCGCUUCGUCUACCCCUUCGACUACCUCAUGGCGGAAGAGAAGAUCGUCAUCUCCAAGAAAGAGUCCAUGUUUGCCUGGGACGAGACCGAAUACAAGAUUCCAGCUCGUCUUAAUCUGCAAGUGUGGGACGCCGACCAUUUCUCAGCGGAUGACUUCUUAGGCGCAAUCGAGUUGGACCUCAACCGUUUUCCUCGUGGUGCAAAGUCGGCCAAGCAGUGCUCCAUAGAGAUGGUGACCAAUGAAGGAGAGAUGCCCACGGUCUCCAUCUUCAAGCAGAAGAGGAUCAAAGGCUGGUGGCCGUUUGUGGCCAGAAACGAAGAUGACGAGUUUGAACUCACAGGAAAAGUGGAAGCAGAGCUGCACCUCCUGACAGGAGAGGAGGCCGAGAGAAGCCCGGUUGGGGAAGGACGCAAUGAACCAGAGCCGCUGGAGAAACCCAACCGCCCGGAUAUCGCCCUCCUCUGGUUCCUCAUCCCUUUCAAAGCUGCAAAAAACCUGAUUUGUAACCAGUACAGGUGGCUGACCAUCAAGAUCGUCACUGCUCUCCUGCUGCUGGCCAUCUUGGCUCUUUUCCUCUACAACAUGCCUGGUUACAUGGUGAAGAAGAUGUUGGGGGCUUGAGUUGAAACCAAAGGAUGAAAUACUUUUUUCAAAGGGUGUGUUUUCAGUUUUGUGAACGUUUUACUAAUUACUUAAAUACCAGAAGUAUGCACUACUACGAUAGCAGCGGUAAUUAGAGAUUGUUUGUGGAUGCAUCAUUGGUUUCUAAUGUAAUCCAAUGUCUACAGAUCUCAACAUAUUGGUACUGCAGUUUUUCUCCUGUCUUCAAUAGGGGUGUAUUUUAUUCCCUUUAUAUUCAUUCAAUGUCCAUUGUUCUCAUACGAGUUGGCUUGUUUUUGAUUAAAGAUUUUCUUGCUUCAACAAUUUAUUGUUCUGUUCUGAUUAUGCGUCUAUGUAUGAUAUUUCAAAUUUGUGAAUAAAUUGACCAGUGAACUAA